AUGUCGUCGUCGCUCCCGGAAGCGGUCAAAGCGCGUCGGAUCUCCGAGCAGCUCGCGACGCUGGAACAGCAACGGGCAAUGGGAAAUUUACCUCAUAAUGACACGCCACUUCGACUUUAUCAAGUACGAAACGGUGGGUUUGUGCGCGUUCUGGAUCAGUACCCAGAGCCCAUUUCUCAGAGCAUGCUGGAAGCAAUUGAUGUGUUUAUUAGGAACAGUACAGAGAGUGAAGAUUUGGAAACGACGAAAGCUGCUAACGAGAAGAAAAAAGAGUUUGAGAUAAAGACGGAAGAGAGACAACGAGAUACUGCUGCGAUGGAACAAGAGCAUAAAAGACAAGAGCAACAUGUUGAAGUUGUAGCUGCAGAUGCUGCUCAUGGAGUUGUGACGGCAGCUUCUACUGACAAGGACGAGGAUGACGUGGAAAAGACGCAGCCUUCUGGCUUUAUUGGUGUGAAUUUUGCACCGCCAUGGGAAACAGCAACUGCUGUCAAACGUCCAGAAGAACUGCUGGCUCAGAAGGAACGAGUGAGCGAUUGUUUAGGUAAACACGCUGAGAUGGAGGAUCAGGUGGAGACGUUACUGUGGCCACCUCAACUUGAGGAACGACGAAAGUUGUGGUUUGUUCCUCGAAACUCUGGCAGGAAAACAAGUGUCAUUGGGGCGAAGAACCAGCCCAUUGUGUAUUGGAUGCAUAAUACGCUGCGAGUGAUGCAGGGAAAUUAUGGACUAGAAGCAGCCAUCAUGCUUUCGCGACGUUUAGCGGCACCGUUGGUAGCUGUAUGUUUUGUGUCGGCUUCUAUUAUCUACCCGGUUUGUCACGCAAUGACAGCGAGCGACGCGUACGCGAGAUACACGUUUGUCGAAUUGUAUCAGCAGUUCAAGCAGGCUGGGGUUCCAUUCUAUGGAUUUACAGCUAAAGAAAGUGAGAUGUCGACAACUUUAAAUGAUAAGCAUUCGCUCUCGUUGACAACCAACCCGCUGUACGAGUUGCUGGAUGCAUUUGAACCACACGCGGUAGUGGUAGACGCCAUGUUUGACCCUCCGAGCAGAAGGGAUAUGGUGUACUUGGCUCAUUAUCUAAAUCUGAAUCGUUCAUCUUGCUCGUGGUCGUUCCUGUCUAUGGAUUCGACAACAUGUUGCCCUGCCUAUCAACUAUCGCUGAAGCUGCAGAGGACGCUCGAGCAUAGCGUUAUCUUUGCGAGUGAAAAACAGUUCGGAGCCGAGUAUGCGCCAUUUGUUGAGCCUCGCAAUGAAACAUAUGUCUUUAGUCCCUUACCUCGUGUGGGCGCUCCAGAUCCAGUCGUCAAUCAACAACGUGUAGAAAUGCUGUUCACUAUUUUGCAACGGCUUCACUUGGAAGAAAUCAACUGGCUAGUUGUCAAGGCAGAGAACGCGCAAUCGAGUACUCAGAUGCGGCGAUUUAGUGAAGGAGAAGGACUCCAGAAGCUUAGCCAGCUUUUGACAGGUUCAGAUAACCAACCAGCUAUUCAGACAGAGUUGCGCGGUGGAGGGGUGUUAAGUCUGUUGCCAUUUAUUCGCCAUGGUACACUAUUCGCUGGCUAUGUUCUACGGCGGAUAGAUGAAGCAAUUGAUUCAUGCCCCACACCAGCAUCCCCUCUAGAACGAAAAGCGCUCGCGAUGCGAAAGGUUAUGCGAUCGCGAGCCAUGAAGUACUUAGGCAAAGAACGCGAUUAUGUUCUGUAUUUAUCCCUGUGGUCUACUUCUGCUGCUGGUAGCGAAUGUUUCCGGCUGAGUGAAAUAGCUCACCCAGAUAUUACGUCGCUUUGUACAAGUGAAAUCAUUACGGGAUUGAAUAUCUCAGCUCCUCGCAGUUCUGCUUUGGAUACUUAUCGGAAGCUACUGCCUACAUGGGCUUACAGCGCAGCCAGCAUUACGGAGAAGUCUAAGGGCGAGGUGAAAGGUGCAGCUCUCUACGAUCCGUACGAGCUAGAAAGUGCACGAACAAAGGAUCUCUACUGGAAUGAAAUCCAAAAGUUGUUCAUCGAGCAGCAGUAUCUACACCCCCUCUUGGUUGUUUACUGGGCUUUCCGAAUUUUAACGUGGAGCGUGUCAUGUCGAGCGGCGAUUGCGACAAUUGAGUCUCUCAUUUCUCAGUGUGCGCUCGGUUCGAACUGUUCUCCUGAUGCUGUAGUUGUCGUAUGGAAACAGCUAUUUCGUCUUGGAUCGACCAGCAUCAAUGAGAUCAGCGACGGGAAGGAAAUUGCAAAACUAGAAGAUGUUCGACAAUUCCAACAUGCUUUAGAAGGCGAAAUCGCAUCGCAGCCAAAACUGCAGCUACGUCCAUGA